AUUACCAGACAUUGACGAGUGUGCUGUGUCUAAUGGCGGCUGUAGUCACAAGCGUGUCAACAUUGUGGGAGGCUUCAAAUGUGAAUGCCCUGACCCUGAACUGAGCAUGUCAUCUGACAACAAGAACUGUCACGGUAAGUAUAAAAGAAUAGCUGCUCUCUGACGUUCAAUAUUAACUUAAAAAAAUAGUAAUUUAAAUGUAGGAAAUUAAAACUCAAUGUCCGAAUCCAAUAGUAAGCUAGAUAGGCCAACAAAAUGUUAACUGGGUUCGCAAAGAAUGCUUUGCUACUCUAGUUAUUUUUGUGUUAAUCGUUUUAUUUUAGCUCCAGGUGUUAACGUGCAGUGUAAGAGUGAAAACAUGACCAUCAUCAUACCCAAGUCCCUCCUCUUUGGUAUUGACCGUGAACACCUUCGACUCUUGGACACCAGUUGCAAAGCUGCAGAGAAUACUACCCACUUCUCACUCACAACACCGCUGACUGGCUGUAACACAACAAGCAGGCACACACCCACAGCUAUCGUCUACUCCAACGCAGUCUUGAACAUGCCCGUAGCUGUUAAAAAUGUGGUGACACGUGUUCGUGAAUUAGAAAUACAAUUCAGCUGUUUUUACAGCAAACGUGGCGUGGUUUCAUCAGUUGUUUGGAAAGCAAGUAACAGAAAGCUUGUGUUUAGCAAUGAAGGAGAAGGGAAUCUGAGACUCGCACUUGAUAUGUUUCCUAACAAAACAUUCGUGAGUCCUUUCACGAAGAGGGACUUCCCUGUGGCAGUGAUACUUCGCAAUCCCCUCUUCUUUGAAGUGUCUGUCAUAUCAGAUGAUAAGCAGCUGUCAAUCAGAGCAGACCGCUGUUAUGCCACUCCUACUCAGGAUCGUACGAACCCUCUGAAGUAUGAGUUCAUUAAACAAGGGUACGACAAAAAACAUACAUUAUAGUACAAUGACAUUUCUCUGUAAAACAAAAAAUGCACUCAGUUAACUAACAGACGAUACACGCGGACAGGGGGACUGGAGCCGAAAUGUGUCCCGCAGUGGUUUCUGGGAUCGUUAGUGGCGACGCGCAUGUCAGCUUUUGGUCAAUUUUGUCCUGUAUCUAGUUAAAGUCCCAGAAGUCUUUGCGAAAGUUAACUCGGUCCAGUUUCCUUUCGGUUUUAAAAGUGGCAAAUUGUUGUCGAAGAAAAGCAAUGUCAUCUUAGAGGAAGGGGUUAGUGGAGUUAGGUGAGUUCUACGAGUUUUUACACUGACUCACCGGCAUAAAAUUCGUUAUGUAGUCGGCCGCUAAUGUAUGUCAUGCACUUAAUUUAAACGAUUAAAGCAAUUAAUUAAACCGAUAUAGACACAGCAUCUUCAUUUCUUUUUAUUUGUACUUAUUUUUUAACUCAGUUAUAAAGGCAGCUUCUACCUUUGAUGUCAUUUCUCUUAGAUGCCCAAGUGAUGCAACCUUACAGUACCAUUCUGCGCCCUUAGCCGGUGUUCAGCGGUUUAGCCUGGAAGCCUUCAAGUUUAUUGCAGAUCAUCCAUUUGUUUUUCUUCACUGUCACGUGAUCCUCUGCAAUGCCUCUGACCCAGGUUCCAUAUGCAAUAAAAGCUGUUCAGCGGAAGGCGACAGACGAAGACGUAAAGUUAGUCCCCAAGAAAAUGACGCCUACACUUUGGGAGAAGGCCCAAUCUACCUGGCGCGCGGAAAAGAAGAGGAAAUACAAUCUAGUGGUCUGGGUAUGAGGGGUAUGUAUUAGUGGGCAUGUAGCAUAAAAUUUAUAAGAUGACUGAAAUAAUCAGCAUUUGGUUCUAGUUUAAAAGAGCCGUGUUAAAAUGGACUACACGCGAUGAUGAUGCUGAUACUUCUGAUUCAAUAUUGCGAAAAACUUUAUUACCAAACUUAAAGUAAAGGACCGACUCUCUUAUAACUUCUGGCUGCAUCUAGUACUCAAUAUCCCGCCCUCCUUUUUGUCUUCAUACGAAGCUUCCAUGGCACCUUCCGAUACUGAAUAUGUAGCCAUCCUAAUUUCACCAAGUAAACUAGAUUCUGAUCAUUUCUAUAUCUGAUUGCAAACUUAUCGAGCCUUGCACCUAAAUUGCGUAAUUGAGCAUGAAAAAUCUUUCGCAACAAUGACUCAAACUGCAAUACCCUGAAAUAGGUAUUAAGAAGUGUGUCCCGUUUCUUCAUUCCCGACCAUUUUGUUGAUUCUGAAACUAAAUUUCAUCUUUCUAGGUUCCAGUCCCUCCAUUAUAAUGGCUCUACUUGUGACAAGUAUCGCAUUCCGGUGUGUACACCGCUGAUAACCGUUAAGAAGUCACCUGACAGGACUAAUGGUAAUAUCAAGUUACGACAAAAGAUGAAAGCAUGCUUAUUCACGUUAACUUGAUGUCACACAUUUAAAGGGUACCUUGUAUUAGAGAUAUUCAAACUGAUGAGCUUAGUUGAUUCAUAUUCAUUGUUCAACGGCUUUUUGCUUUCAACGCCUAGAAGAUCUCUCUAUAAAGUAGAAAGACAACUCAAACUUUUCACCUAGCCGAAUUCCUUUAUAUUUCUGAAACAUUAUAAAAGCUAUCUUUAAUCUUUAAGGCCUAGGGCAAACGUCGAACUUUUCAUGAGACAAACCAAACUAAGUGAGUUAAGUUCGAUGUCUGGCUUAGUUAAGUUCGUCUGAAUGAGUUUGGAUCGUCCAAGACGUUCUAUCAGUCCCUUCCAGACGGACAGAACGUCUGACCAUCGUUUCCGGGACAAACGUCAAUCUUCACAUGCCACGAACUAAACUAAAGCUUUAAUAAAACGGGCAACAAAAAAGUGCA